CAAUGAUGAAACUAAGAUGGCGUCUAACACGGAUAGGAUGAACGGGGGAUAGCGAAAUUGGUCACAAAUUGAUUUGAUGGGGACGUAAUUCUCACAGUCACUCGUUGUACAAGCAAACGAGUCUUUGAAGUGGAUAAUCUUUACACUUCUACAUCAAUAGAACUGGGUCUAUGGGGGAAGCGAGGCUGAAAACGGCCAACUUUACGUGAGCUAACUGGACCUAGCUUGCUAGCUAACGUUAGCUAGCUAACCAACGACAGCUAGCUAAACAACAACAUAGUAAGGAGGAUAGUCUCAGGAGAAGGAAGUGUCUACGGGAUUGUCCGCAAUCUUUUGAUAUAAAAUUAACCAAUUCACCUCUGGCUUGGGACACGUCCAAAACAGAAGUAACCAAUAUGUCAAGUUAAACUUCCACGCCAAUUUGCAGUGAUAUCCGAGACCGGAGGUGCUGCCUGGGGUGGGCUGAAAAGUGGAGGCCAUAACGACCGUUCGCUUCAGCCACCCUAAUCGUGACCCAGUGCUGGACAAUAGACUUUCAAGACACCUUAACGGCCCAUUAUUGGUGACAUCUGAAUCCAUUAUUUCGUCUUUGACCACGCUGAACGUGUCAGGAAGAGUUGCUGUCCAAGUACCAGCUAUCUAAUAUGAUGGCGAUGGAGGGGGAAGACUUUGUGCCGCCUCCUGAGUGCCCAGUGUUCGAGCCGUCAUGGGAGGAGUUUCAGGAUCCCCUGGGCUAUAUUGCCAAGAUCCGUCCAAUUGCAGAGAAGUCUGGAAUCUGCAAGAUUCGUCCUCCUGCUGACUGGCAGCCACCCUUUGCUGUGGAGGUGGAUAGCUUCCGCUUCACACCCCGUAUACAGAGACUCAAUGAGCUAGAGGCGGAGACCCGAGUCAAGCUGAACUACUUGGACCGGAUUGCCAAGUUCUGGGAGAUCCAGGGAUCCUCCCUCAAGAUCCCAAACAUCGAGAGGCGUAUCUUGGACCUUUUCAGCCUGUCCAAGGUUGUGACAGAGGAGGGAGGGUUUGAUAUAGUCAGUAAGGAGCGGCGUUGGGCUCGUGUGGCCCAGAAGCUUGGCUACCCAACUGGCAGGAACAUUGGCUCCCUCCUGCGCUCACACUACGAGAGGAUUGUCUACCCCUUUGAGGUGUUUCAUGCUGGGGCCAGCCUGCCGCAGACUAAGCCAAAGCUAUAUGAUGGAGAAGAGGUGGAUAGAGAAUACAAGCCCCACUCCAUCCCCCUACGCCAGUCUGUCCAGCCUUCCAAGAUGAGCAGCUACGGACGCCGAGCCAAUCGCCUCCAGCCAGACGGUCCAGAGGAUUCUGCCUCCCACCCUCUCACUACUGGCUCUCAACACAUCUCUCCAUCGCCUGACCCCACGGAGGAGGACAUAGAGAAGAACCCUGAGCUGAAGAAACUACAGAUCUAUGGGGCAGGGCCUAAGAUGAUGGGGCUAGGACUGGUUCCCAGGAAUAAGAGCAUCCCCAAGAAAGAAGAGCUGCCUCAGACUGUGACUGUCCGUGAUGCAGUUGCUGCUGUCCAGGACAAGGAGGAACCAGGAGAGGUCAAAGAGGGAGACUCCAGCACAGCCACCCCCACGCCACCGCCUCCUUCUGAUGUCAAGAAUAAAGUGAAAAAAGAGGAAGAUGAUGAUGGUGGAGACAGACAUGACGAAAAGGACCAAGACGACCCUAACGGUGAUGGGCCCUGCACCAAGAUGACCAUGAGGUUGAGACGUAACCUCAGCAACCCCCAGUUUGUGGAUUCGUUUGUGUGUCGGAUGUGUGGCCGUGGCGACGAGGAUGAGAAGCUCCUGCUGUGUGACGGUUGUGACGACAACUACCACACCUUCUGUCUGCUGCCCCCCCUCACUGAAGCCCCGAAGGGCAACUGGCGCUGCCCCAAAUGUGUGGCUGAGGAGUGUAAAAGACCAGCGGAGGCCUUCGGUUUUGAGCAGGCUACCAGAGAAUACACCCUGCAGAGUUUUGGGGAGAUGGCAGACACAUACAAAGCAGACUACUUCAAUAUGCCUGUCCAUAUGGUUCCUACAGAGCUGGUGGAGAAAGAGUUCUGGCGCUUGGUCAGUAGCAUAGAGGAGGAUGUGACAGUGGAGUAUGGAGCCGACAUCCACUCUAAAGAGUUUGGCAGUGGAUUCCCCAUGAACAAUGGCAAGAAGAACCUCUCACAAGAGGAAGCGGAUUAUGCCCGCAGCGGCUGGAACCUGAAUGUGAUGCCGGUGCUGGAGCAGUCGGUGCUGUGCCACAUCAACGCCGAUAUCUCUGGUAUGAAGGUGCCCUGGCUGUACGUGGGCAUGGUCUUCUCAGCCUUCUGCUGGCACAUCGAAGACCACUGGAGCUACUCCAUCAACUACCUGCACUGGGGUGAGCCUAAGACGUGGUACGGGGUUCCCUCUGUAGCAGCAGAACGGUUAGAGGAGGUGAUGAAGAAGCUUACCCCAGAGCUGUUUGAGUCCCAGCCUGACCUCCUCCACCAGCUGGUUACUAUUAUGAACCCCAACAUCCUCAUGUCUCACGGGGUCCCGGUUGUACGCACCAACCAGUGUGCUGGCGAGUUUGUCAUCACGUUCCCCAGGGCUUACCACAGCGGCUUCAAUCAGGGAUAUAAUUUUGCUGAAGCCGUGAACUUCUGCACUGCAGAUUGGGUAUGCCUCUAUUCCAAUGGGUGUUUUUAUGUAGUGUUUUCAAAAUUCUUAAUUUCCCUUUCCCUGGUUUUCUCUUUCUCCCUCUGUUUCCCUCUGUCUGUUUCUCUCCCUUCCCUCCCCCAGCUGCCUGCAGGGCGCUCCUGUAUCGAGCACUACCGUCGUCUGCGGCGGUACUGUGUUUUCUCUCACGAGGAGCUGACCUGUAAGAUGGCCGCCUGCCCUGAGAAGCUGGACCUCAACCUGGCUGCUGCCACGCACAGAGAGAUGUUCAUCAUCGUCCAGGAGGAGAGGAAGCUACGCAAGGGCCUGCUGGAGAGGGGCAUCACAGAGGCAGAGAGGGAGGCGUUCGAGCUGCUGCCUGAUGACGAGAGGCAGUGUGAUAAUUGCAAGACGACCUGCUUCCUGUCUGCCCUGGCCUGUUCCAACUGCCCUGAACGCCUCGUCUGUCUCUACCACACACAGGACCUCUGUAGCUGCCCCACAGACAAGCUCUACCUCAGGUACAGGUACACUCUGGAUGAGCUGUUUGCCAUGUUACAUCGGCUCAAAGUGCGAGCCGAGGUGUUUGAUUCCUGGGCCAACAGAGUGAAAGAAGCUCUGGAGCAGGAAGAGGGCAACAAGAUAGGCAUCACAGACCUGGAGGUCCUGAAGGCAGAGGCAGCAGAGAAGAAGUUCCCUGACAACGAGCUGCUCCAGAGACUCAACACCGUCCUCACUGACACACAGAACUGUCAGCAGACAAGCACUGAACUUCUCAACAAGACACAGACCAGGAGGAUGACGCUGGCAGACCUGAAGGCUCUAGUGGAGAAGAUGGAGAACCUGCCAUGUGUGAUGAGCCAGCUGGAGGAAGUACAGGCGGUCCUGCGUACAAUAGAAGAGUUCCAGACUCAGUCCCGGGCUCUAGUGAGCGACAGGGACUGGCGGCGAGACUCCGCUCCCCCAGAACAACUGCAGGCCCUGUUGGAGCAGGGGGCUGGCCUGCCGGUCGAUACCCCAGAGUGUGAGCUCCUCAAGGGGCUGCAGGAGCAGGGCCGCUGGCUGAGCGAGGUGCGGAAGACCCUGGGGCCCGAGGGUGGUGAGAUGACCCUGGCGGUCCUCAGGAACUUGAUGGAGGUGGGCUGCAAUGUGCCCCAGAGCGUCUCGGUGGAAACAGCCAUGGCAGAGCUUCAGGAGCUCCUGACUAUAGCAGAACGAUGGGAGGAGAAGGCCCAGAUCUGUCUGGAGCAACGGCAGAAGCACCCUCUGUCCACCCUGGAGGCCAUAGUAAACGAGGCCCAGCUCAUCCCAGUCAAGCUGCCCAACAUCCUGUCUCUCCAGGGCUGUCUGAGCCGAGCCAAGGCCUGGGUCACUGACCUGGAGGAGAUCCAGAAUGGGGAGCACUACCCGUGUCUGGAUGAUCUGGAGGGCCUGGUGGCGAUAGGGAGAGACCUCCCUGUCAGGAUGGAGGAGCUGUUGCAGCUGGAGCUGCAGGUAGCCAGCGCCCACUCCUGGAGAGACAAGGCCUCCAAGACCUUCCUGAAGAAGAGCAGCCAGCACAGCCUGCUACAGGUGUUGUGUCCGUGUGUGGAGAAACGUAAGGAGAGGGGAGAAGAGACGGAUCCAUUAGAUGACCCAGAUACCAACACUCUGGGCCUCUCUGCUCAGGACCUGAGAGACCCUGGUGCCAUUGUGAUGGCGUUUAAAGAGGGAGAGCACCAGGAGAAAGAGGCUCUGCUGAGGCUCCAGAAGGUCAACCUGUCUAAACCAGGUGUGGAGAAGAAGGCUGAGAAAGAGAUCAAGACAGAGCGGGAGGACAAGGAGAAUGGAGGUGGGAGGUGGGGGGAGGACCCCAUGGAGCUAGACACAGCCCUCCACUCUGAGAACUGUGGAAAGGAGAACGGGGACAGUAACCACACAACGACAGGCAGCAGCACCCCUCCUCAGUCAGUGUGUGUGUGUGGCCGGGCGCCACGCCCCCCUCUGCUGCGCUGCCACCUGUGUAAAGACUGGUUCCACGGUGGGUGUGUCCCAUUCCCCUCCCUCCUGCCCUCCUCCUCAGGGCUCCCCACCAACCCCCUCUGCUGGUGGGACUGGGACUCACGCUUCCUGUGCCCGCGGUGCCAGCGCUCGCGGCGCCCGCGUCUGGAGACCAUACUGGCCCUGCUGGUGGCGCUCCAGAGGCUGCCCGUCCGUCUGCCAGAGGGAGAGGCUCUGCAGUGUCUCACAGAGAGGGCCAUCACCUGGCAGGGGCGUGCCAAGGAGGCACUGGACACCCCUGAGAUACAGGGGGCACUAGAGAGGCUGCAGGAGCUUAAACAGAACCAGCCUCACAAGGAGGGAGAGGAGGAAGAGGAUGGGAAGAAAGGGAACUGUGAGUCGGUGAUAGUGCUAUCAGAUUCAGAGGGAGGAGAAGGAGAUGGAGUGAUAGACCUCACAGAGGAGAACUCUCCCAAGAAGACCCUAAAGAAAGAGAUGAAUGGCGGCAUGCAGACUGGAUGUGAAAACGGCGUAAGCAAGAAAGUAAAGUCUCACCACAAUGUUACAGGUGUGGGCUCUCUGCUACCGCUGGUCCCAUCACUAAAAGGCCCGGUGAUAGAGCUGUCCCUGACCACCAGGACCCAGCUAGAGGAGUUACAGCUAGAGGGAGACCUGCUGGAGGUGUCUCUGGACCAGACCAGCACCAUCCACAGAGUCCUGCAGGCUGCUUUAGAGCCACACAGACACACACUCAGAACACUCAUACUGAUUGAGCUCCAGGAGCAGAAGGGAGUGGGCCGUGUGGGGCGGGCUAAAGACUCCAAGAGGAAGAGGAAGAGCCAGAGGGGCGUCACAGGGGUGGAGGGAACACCCCGGUCCCAGGACGCCUCGGAGUGCAAGAAGACCUGUCCCCUCAACCACACACCCCCUCACAUACCCAUCCAGACACACCCCGAGAUCUUGUGAUAUGGUUAUGGAUGCAACUCUGGAGUAAAGAAUGGUCAAACGUUUGGAGAGAGAUAGAAUGGACAGAUUCUGGGCCGAAAGACAUUGUCAAACUGUGGAAAGAAAUGCAGGCCGCUCCCCGGCCUACCCCCUCUCUAUACAGCUCCCCUGCCUACUGCCCCCCCCCCCCUCCCUCUAUACAGCUAACCUGCCUACCCCCCCUCUAUACAGCUCCCCUGCCUACUGCCCCCCCCCCCCCCCUCUAUACAGCUCCCCCGCCUAUCACAUUCAAACACUAACACUGAUUCUCUUUCUGAGAUCCUACAUCUAGAUUCUACACUCCUCUGUCUCAUUCUCCAUCCCCCUUGAACAUACCAGCACAUUCCUCUCUUCUGCCCUGUACUUUACACCCCCUCCCUCUUUCUCUCUAUCUACCUCCCUCCUCCCUGUGAAAGUGUUUUGGAGUGUGUGAGCUGGCAAUGUCAUAGGAGAGCAGUUAUCUUGGUCUUAAUUAGGGCUCCAGUUCUCUGAGGUCAGUCUGUUACUCAGUCAGUCAAUAUGCUAUGUGUUCUCAGCUAUAUUAAAUGCUAGUUUGACACAAGCCUGUCGAACACACAGACAGACAAGGAGGUCCAGUUGUUGACCCGACUGAAGAGGAAUGAAUUAUUUCAUGAUCCAUUUUUCUUGGUGUUUUGGACAUGAAGCUAACUUAAAGCUGAAGUUCAGUUCAUUGGAAGGUUGUGAAUGACAUUGUAUCCUAGGUGACAAUGGUCACCAUGGUAACACUUGUAUUUUUUUGUAUUGGUUCUUGUUUAAGGCUGGGCUGUUGGAGGGGACUUUGCAUUUUCAAUAAAGCCCAUUUUGGAUAUUUUGGGAAGUGUGAAAAACAGGCUGUUUUUGGUGCUACUUUCCCAAAAUAGGUAUCUGUACCUCUCUCACAAUCUAUCUCUCUCUGUCACCACUGACUCUUUCAUUUGUUUUCAUUCUAUGAUUCCCCCCUCAGACUAAUUAUUUGAUUCUCUGUCCUGUUUUUCAGUCUGCUCAUCAACUUUCUUCCCUCCCAAACAAAAGUAACACUUCACUUUAACUCUAUCACAAUUUACUUUGUCUCUGGGUUCAAGUUAUUAUUAUUAUUAUUGGUAUUGAUAUUGCAGACACGGAGUGGUCGAGUUUGUGUAUAAACUUUUCAUUUCAAUGUUACCUUUUUGUUUUUCACUCUUGUUAGAAAAUAAAGGUUUAGAAUUGUUUUAGGAA